GGGAGAGACUUCCAGCAGAUCAGAGCCAGGAAGCAAAAUUCGAGAGAGAAGGAAAGGAGGGCAGAAUAUAUCAGUGAAGGCUCGACCUGUAUUUACCGCAGCAAAACCAAAUCAAAUUACCGGAACAUCUAAACAUUCAAAUACAGAAAUGGGAAAGAUCACUUUCCAGCAUGGUGGUGCUCAGAAAUCUGAGAAGGAUGAACAAGAUGCGGAUAAAACCGAGAUAGUGGUACCACUUGAACAACAGCACGAGGAGCUCUCUGUCCCAGUGCGCACCAGGAAGGCUGCUGUCAGUGGACUCUGCUGCAUGACUUUUGGCUCGAUUGUGUUAAUGUCAGGUCUGGUGUUGGCAUCCAUAUAUUUCUACAGAUACUAUUACGUCAAUCAGCUUCCCCGGGAGAACUUGUUCCAGUGCAGGGUUCUGUACGAAGACGCUGUUUACGCCCCCUUCAGGAGACAGCAGGAACUGGAGGAGAGCGUGGAGAUCAAUCUGGAGGACAAUUACGAGCAGAUUAAUGUCCCAGUGCCUCAUUUCGGAGGAAGUGAUGCGGCAGACAUUAUCCACGACUUCCACAGGGGUUUGACAGCUUACUAUGACAUUACAUUGGACAAGUGCUACAUCAUAGAACUCAAUACCUCCAUAGUGAUGCCACCACAGAACCUCCGGGACCUGCUGGUUAAUGUCAGGAGGGGAACCUACCUCCCUCAGACCUACAUCAUCCAGGAGGAGAUGGUCGUGGUGGGACAGGUCUACAGUGUGCAACAGCUGGGGGUGUUCAUUGACCGACUGUGUGGCGGGAAGGAGACCUACAGACUGAAGCACAGGAGCAGCAGACGACGCAUCAACAAGCGUAAGGAGCAUAACUGCCACAGCAUCCGGCACCUUGAGAACACCUUUGUGGUGGAAACUCGCAUCUGUGAUCAGGCCUGAGGACCUUCGUAAUGAGUAUCUCCCUGCUUGGCGCCACCUCUGCACACUGUAGCCCUCUUUUCUUACAUGUAAAGCUGAACGUUCAUUUUAAGUGUCAAACUGACCGGUCCCUGUCAUGACUUUGUCCUGUACAGCUCCAGUUUAUCUUUGGUAGGUAAUGAACAUGGACACCUUUCCCUCUUAAACUUGCACAGUCCAUUACAAGCUUGUAUUUUAUACAGUGUGCGAAAGUAAACCCCAGGAAAUGUCACAGGACUUUUUAGGCUGCCCUUUGAUUAACACAGCAAGUAGCAAUGUGUCAUUCAGCGACAUCAGGUUAAUAUAAUAACAAGCAAAGUGAAAAAAAUUGUGUACAGAUUACAAAUGAGGGAAAAGCAUUGUUUCCUAUUGUUCAAUUAACAGGUUCUUUCUGUUUUGAUGCAUAGCUGAGUGAUAGAAAUGAUGCCCCCAUUGCAUAGCAGUUUGAUCCAUUCCUGGUUUUACUAGGAGUUUAAUCAGACACACCUGUACAUUGUGGCUAAUCACAUUUGUAUUCCCUAGGAUGGGUAAAACUGCUCUGCAAUAGGAGUCAUGUCUCCAUUUCUAUAGCGGAUGACUAAAUCCAAGUAAAAGAGAAGCAUUCAGACAAUCUGCUGCAAGGUGUUAAGUUGCAAACAUGUACCUGUGAUUAAAAAAAUAAAAAAUAUAUCUGUAAAACAGCUGCAGGAACAAUCCAGCAUCCUUACAGCCAAAGUGCAGUUUUUAUUUGAAAAUAUAGAGUAUAUCAAUAUAUAUAUAUAUAUAUAUAUAUAUAUAUAUAUAUAUAUAUAUAUAUAUAUAUAUAUAUAUAGAGUCCUAAUCCAUCUUUGAAUCCCAUUGAUGCUAUCACAUUACUUCAGCAAUGCUGUCAAUUCUCCGAUAGCCAAGGGGAGAAUAGCUGUACACAUUCACCAGUGUUGUUUAAAUUUAAGCCUUGUAUCUGCUUUUUAAGUCAACUAAUCUUGUUCGCUGUAAAUCAUACUUUUUUUUUUUUUUUUUUUUUUUGGACUGCAUGUAUUUAUCUUAUCGAAUCCUGCAUUCUAAGUAUGUUUUCUAAGAUCAUGAAAAGCCUUGGUUCUGUGUUGAACUAAAGUAACUGCUGUCAUAAGGGAACAAUAAACACUGUAUGUCUAUAAUGUGGUCACCUCAGAUUGAUGUGUACAUUUCGUUUGCUAGUAAGGCGUAUCUAUGAAUAAAGGUGAAACCACUUGUG